AUGAGCCAGCUUUUGGUCAGCAACAACGAGACUCAGCUGUCUGUGCUUUGGGAGCAGGAUGAACUUGCUAAAACGAUCGAGCAAGCUAUCGGAUCUGUUUCUAAAGAGCUUCGCGAGAUCAGUUUGAAGCUUCAUGAGAACCCAGAACUGAGUUAUGAGGAGUACAAGGCCCAUGCGCUUCUGACGGACUACCUGGAGAAGAAGGGCUUCCAGGUUGAGCGCAAGGCCUAUGGAUUGGACACGGCGUUCGUCGCCAGGGCGGGAAGCUCGGACAAGGUCACCAUCGGUAUCUGCUCUGAAUAUGAUGCCCUGCCCGGGAUCGGACAUGCCUGUGGUCACAACUUGAUUGCUAUCUCUGGUGUGGCGACAGCUAUCGGCCUUAAGGCCGUCAUCGAGAAAUUUAACCUCCAAGCUGAGGUAAAGCUGUUUGGCACACCCGCCGAAGAGACCUCAGGCGGAAAGAUCGUGAUGCUGGAGAAGGGCGCGUUCAAGAACGUGGAUGUCUGUAUGAUGCUUCACGGCUCGAGCUCUGAUGUCAUCUACCCCGCCUUCCUGGCCCUCGAUACCGUCGAUGUCGAGUUCUUUGGAAAGGCCUCACACGCUUCAGCUUCGCCCUGGGAGGGUAUCAAUGCCCUUGACGCUACUGUCUUGACUUACACGAAUAUUGGUCUGAUGCGUCAGCAGAUGCGGCCUCAACAGCGCGUCCAUGGAAUCAUUAAGGAUGGUGGCAAGGCCGCGAAUAUCAUUCCGGAUUACACGCGUUCGACUUAUACGGUGCGCGCGCCCAAGUACUCGGAGGUCAAGGUGUUGAAGAAGAGGGUCGAGAAGAUUUUUAAGGGCGCAGCUACUGCAACAGGAUGCACCGUUAAGCUGACUUGGGGUAAUCCUUACAAGGACAUUAGGACGAACGGUCAUCUAACCCGCAAGUUCGAACAGUACAUGAACGCCCAGGGCGUGCACUAUCCUUCGAAGGAGGAACAGCUGUCCAAAGUAUCUGGAUCGACAGACAUGGGCAACGUGACGUACGCCCUUCCCGGGAUCCAUCCAAUGUUUAACAUCCUAAACCUGGAAGGCAAGGAAGAUCCGUCAAUCAAUUUGCAUACUAAGGACUUUGCUGCAGCUGCCGCUCAGCCGAUAGGUCAUAUUGCGACCAUGAGGGCUGCCAAGGGUCUGGCCAUAACUGGGCUAGAGUGCAUUCUAGACGAGGGCUUCUUGAAGAGCGUUAAGCGUGAGUUCGAGGCGGCUCAAUAG